UGCAAGAUCCCUGGAUUCAAUUUGAAUAAAACCGCUAGCCAAGACUAAUCUAUCUUGGCUAAUUUAUCUUUAUCUUCAGCAGUCCUGAACACAUUUGGAUGCAGUUGUAACGCUAUUAGACUAUGCAAAACGGGAUGGGAUCAGUUAUAGUAUUUCUUCCGGGUUGAGGUAGUGAAGAGGGGAUGAGCAGUGAUGCUGUCCGUGUUUGCUUCGCACAUCAGCAGUCAAGCUCCUCUCCCUCUCUGUCAGUGAGCCCGAAGCAGAGGCAGCACGUCCGUCCGGAGAGAGAGGGGGAGCUCACACCGCAUAGCGCUGCUGCUGCUGCUGCUGCCGCCGCCGCCGACUGAGCCGACAGCCACGGUGCUCACGGUCUUUGCAAAUGGACGUCUCCUCUGACACCGCCUUUUGACACUGGACGGUGCUCUCCUAGCCGCAUUGAGAAACACCUCAUCCCCGGUUCGGUUUUUGAGGUAACUGGUUCGUCUCGACGACACGGAGAGGACCACGCUCCCUCCCUCCCCCCUCCUCGCCAGCGCUACCACCACCACCAUCGCUAGCUCGCUAAGCUAGCUAGCCCGCUAACUUAGCAGUGAUACUUUGUACCGUAUCGGCGUCAGUUUUCCUCGGAACUAGCCUGCGGUCUCUUGCGCCACAGCGGUGGAUUGAGGUGCCUCGCCACUCACUAGGAGCAUGUUUGAGUGACAAGCAAACGAGGAAGUGGGAUCUCUGACGCUCCGCCCCCUCUGCCGGUGGAGCACCCUGCACAUCUGACUAGAGACCCCACUUUAGUCACAGGAUGCGGAGGUUUGCCUACUGCAAGGUGGUGUUAGCCACCUCUCUGGUGUGGGUGAUGCUGGACAUGUUCAUCCUGCUCUACUUCAGCGAGUGCAACAAGUGCGACGACAAGAAGGAGAGAGGACUGCCCGGGAGAGACGAUGGCCUCAGCAGGCCGCGGGACGGGCCCGGUGAAGGGGGGAAGCCUGUGGUGAUCCCUAAGGAGAACCAGGAGAAGAUGAAGGAGAUGUUUAAGAUCAACCAGUUCAACCUCAUGGCCUCUGAGAUGAUUGCCCUCAAUCGUUCGCUGCCUGACGUCCGCCUGGAAGGGUGCAAGAACAAGUUAUACCCUGAUAAUCUUCCUCGUACCAGCGUGGUGAUUGUGUUUCACAAUGAGGCAUGGAGCACGCUGUUGCGAACCGUCCACUCCGUCAUCGACCGCUCUCCACACACACUGCUAGAGGAGAUUGUCCUGGUGGACGAUGCCAGCGAGAGAGAUUUCCUAAAGCGGCCAUUGGAGCAGUAUGUCAGAAGGCUUGAAGUCCCCGUGAGAGUGGUGAGGAUGGAGCAGCGGUCUGGACUUAUCCGUGCUCGUCUCAAAGGAGCCUCUAUCUCCACUGGCCAGGUUAUAACCUUCCUGGAUGCUCAUUGUGAAUGCACAACAGGGUGGCUAGAGCCUCUGCUCGCCCGCAUCAAGCAAGACAAGAGAACAGUGGUGUGUCCAAUCAUUGACGUGAUCAGCGAUGACACGUUUGAGUACAUGGCGGGAUCCGACAUGACAUACGGAGGCUUCAACUGGAAGCUCAACUUCCGCUGGUACCCUGUACCUCAGAGAGAGAUGGACCGCCGCAAAGGAGACCGCACGCUGCCUGUCAGGACUCCUACCAUGGCAGGCGGCUUGUUCUCCAUAGACAGAGAUUAUUUCCAGGAGAUCGGCACGUAUGAUGCCGGCAUGGACAUCUGGGGCGGAGAGAACCUGGAAAUCUCUUUCAGAAUCUGGCAGUGCGGUGGGACUCUAGAAAUUGUCACAUGCUCUCAUGUGGGUCACGUGUUCAGAAAGGCGACGCCCUACACGUUUCCAGGGGGAACAGGACAGAUCAUCAACAAAAACAACCGGCGCCUGGCAGAAGUGUGGAUGGAUGAAUUCAAAAACUUCUUCUAUAUCAUCUCUCCUGGUGUGACCAAAGUGGACUACGGUGACAUCACCUCUCGCACUUCUCUGAGACAAAAGCUUCAAUGUAAACCCUUCAGUUGGUACUUGGAGAACGUCUACCCUGACUCCCAGAUCCCCAGACACUAUUACUCGCUUGGAGAGAUACGCAAUGUGGAGACCAACCAGUGCCUGGACAACAUGGCCCGCAAGGAGAAUGAGAAGGUCGGCAUUUUCAACUGCCACGGCAUGGGAGGCAACCAGGUUUUCUCCUACACGGCCAACAAGGAGAUCAGGACAGACGACUUGUGUCUAGACGUGUCCAAGCUGAAUGGGCCCGUCAUGAUGCUCAAGUGCCACCACCUCAAAGGCAACCAGCUCUGGGAGUACGACCCUGUGAAGCUGACUCUGGUCCACGUCAACAGUAACCAGUGUCUGGACAAGGCCAGUGAGGAGGACAGCCAGGUGCCCAGCGUCAGAGACUGCACGCACACGCGCUCUCAACAGUGGCUGCUCCGCAACGUCACACUACCAGAGGUCUUCUGACCACACUCCGCACACUCACAAACACACACACUCACACACACAGCGGCCCAGAGUAAGCAGUGAGGGGAAUGGACAUGUUUAUUGAAAUUGGGCACUGGGAAAAGGAAAGACUUCCCAUGAGGGGACUUGGGAAGAGGAGGAGGAGGAGGACGGAUUGGACGGUACUACCUCUGCCACAGAUCAGAGGGAGGAGUGUGUUCGACCCUCCUCGGAGCAGGAAGAGAGGAAAGACUCCCUCUAGGAGACGAUGGCUGUUGUCUUACGUUUGUUUUGUGUUUUUUAAGAAGAGAUUUUAACUGCGCAGAGUGACUCGCUCUCAGGCGUGAAUAAUGAGACUGGCUGGUGGAGUCGAGGUUCUGCACUCACAGCUUCCCUGGACAAAGCAGUCCACCCCUCAACUCAUCACUUAAGGUUUACUGACUGCCUCUUAUGAGAGAGUGUGUGCACUUAUUUGUGUGUGUGUGUGUGUGUGUGAAUGGGUGUGUGUACUCUGAGAUGAAUGUAUGCUUUGAGAAGGGGGCUGAAUUCCUUUUUGAUUUCCUUUUUUUUUUUUAUAAUUUAAUUUUGUAAUGGAUUUUGAAAACAAACUCUGGUGAACUCCUAUGAAGAAGGGUGCAUGAGUACGUGAGCAUCUGAGUGUGCGUGUGUGAAUGUGUGAGAGUGUCAUGUGUGCAUGUGUCAGAGCCCCUCCUACAGUGUUGCAGCAGUGUAUGUCUCCCCCUGGUGUUACUCCUCGGCAUUUCAUUCCCACAGACUGAAGCCUCCUGAGGAAUUUUCCAAGGGACUGCACAUUAAAAAAAAAACAAACAAACAAGAGGACUGAACACGAGGACCGGACAUCUGCCAAUCAGCAGAGAUCUAGAGAUAGAGAAAAACGAUGUUUGUGAUAUCUUGAGAUUUCUAUGUCCAGUUUUUACAUGGAUUUGUCUGUUUCUACAGUCCUGUGAGAGUGCCACAGAGCAGUAAUCCUAGUCUGUCUGUCCGUCUCUGUUGUCUUUAAAGAUAUUUAACAUAGAGCUAACACACACACACACACACACACAUAGAGGACUCUGCAUAUGUAACUGAUGUUCACUGCCCAAUGUAGUGUUAAACCAUAGGGAGCUCUCCCAUAAGACACUACAUAGUCACACACACGCAUCCACAUCCUGUACACAUAUAGGAAAAAGGCUGCAUUUGCCUGAUACUUUAAUCCAUCUUGGCAUAUCUUCUUCUCAAUGACCUCUUAAAAAAUACACUCCAAGGGCUUCUUUCCUCCAGCGGAGUGUGUGGAUGGAUGCGUCGGUGUGGGUGUGAGCGUGUGUCUUCAGUACUAAUCCCAGUCCAUCAGCUCCCCUGUUUACUAGAACAAACAGCUCUCAGAACCCUCGCUGUCGGACAAACCAAGAGCCCGUAGCAUAGACUGACAGCAGAUCAGCAUAUUCCUGCUUCCGUUGUACAAAAAAAAAGAAAAAAAAAAAGCAAAAGCUGCUUCUAUUUUGCAGAGCAGAGCCAACCCUCUGCACUCUCCUGAGGACAUAUCUAGAGUAGGAAACGAUGCCUGGGAAGUUGUUAGGAUAUCAAAGAGACGUCGCUGAGGUGCAUUUAGGAGAAUUCAUCAGGGACAGAGGAAUAAUUGUAGAGAGCUGAGGGCAGAGAAAAGGUUGAACUGUGGAUUACAAAGAGCACAGCAGCAGCAGAUGACAUAUCUUAAUCCAUGACUGCAUAUCUCUCUUUACAAGCUCACCUGCAGUAUUUUCACUUUUCAUAUCUCAGCGAGCCAAACAGGCUGAACAGUUACAUCAGUGUCUCAUUUCAACCAUCAUGCUUUCUUUAUACUUUUUUUGUAUCACUCCUGGGGCUGCGAGUCAGGGCAGGAGAGGUGAUUUCAUAAAAGUUUUAACCAUUUCAGCUUCCUCCAGUGGAGGAAGGGUUUACACAUAGGACAUGUCAUUGGUUCAUCUUUGUUGUGGACACAGUAGCAAGAGGAGGCCGUCAGCUGGUGUUUGUCAUGUCUGAGCGAGUGACUGUGGUGAAGAUGUGAACGUUUUUUGAUUGUGAGACAGAGGGGGUAUUGUAUCGAUUGUUCUGAUUUUUUGGUGGGAGGGGUGGGGUGGACGGGGGUUUGCAGUUGACUGACAUGUCCAGGCUUCAACACUGAGCUGAUCCAAAUGUAGAAAAUAAAGGUGAAGUUUACAGAACAAUACAAGGACAA